AUGAAGUUUUCUUUCGCUACCUCUUCUCUUGCUCUUGUCUCUCUCGCUAUCGCUGGUACUGAGUCUGUCGUCUUCACCGUGAAGAAGGUAGACGGGACUCCUCAGGGCUACCUCAACCUUCACUCUUCUGAUCGUAGAGACACCAGUUAUUUUGUUACUGGAAACCAACCUCAACGUUUCAACUAUGAGAACGGUGUAGUCUCUAUCCAAAAGGAUGGCCAAGUUGCUAAAAUGGGCGCUGAAUCCAAGUUGUUGGCCAUUGGCACCCAGGUUUCGCCAAAAACAUAUUCUUUGGUUGGCGACACUCUCGCUGAUGACAAGUUCUGGCUCUGCUCUGACUCUACAGUAGCACACUCUUCCAAGAACCAGAAGUUCCUCUACACCACCAGCCACGAGGAUGCUAAAAAGCCUCAUGACAAGUGUGACUUGGUUCAAAUCCACAAAGUCAUUUGUGAGUUAUCUCCAGACUGCCAGGCUUCUUUAGCUCAGAAGUGGAGCAACUCGACUGUGACUAGUACCAUUACGAACUUUGUCACCUAUUGUCCAGAGCCAACUGUGGUGACCCUCACCACAUGUGUCACUGAUGUAUGCUACCCACAACCUGUUACUGUGACUGCUGCCACUACCAUCAGUUGUGAGCAAUGUCUUGUUCCUGCUACUGUUGCCCCAGCUCCUACCGCAGGCAAGGCUAGUGCUUCCGGAAAGGCGCCAGCUGCAGCACAAUCUCCUGCCGCAUCUUCAGUUCCAGCCGGCAUUAUUUCUUCGGGCCAGCUUUCGGGCUCUAAGCCUACUGCUGCCGCCAACGCUCCAUCUACAAUUGCCAUGACAGCCGGUGCUGCUAAGAACGUUAUUGGCUCCAUGGGUGCCGUUGGUCUUGGUGCUUUGUUGUUGUUGUAG